GCGCAGCGGCACCAUAUGCUUGCGAAGGAGAAUUUUAAGAAGCUGUCGUGCCCCCCAUACUCCGCAGCCGUUCCCGAUCCCUUCUCCCCGCAGGCAGCGCCGCCGCACGCAGCGAUGCCCGCGGAGCCCCUGAUCUGCGCCGACACGGCCACACGGGUGAGCUCCGUGCUGAACCGGGACGUGAAGCAGUUUGGGAAGACGCACAUGUUUGACGCCAACGAGGAGACGUGCUGGAACUCGGACCAGGGCGCGCGCCAGUGGGUCGCCCUGGAUUUCCCACGCACCGUCAAGGUCUCGCAGCUCCACAUCCAGUUCCAGGGGGGAUUCUCCAGCCGGCUGUGCACGCUGGAAGGCUGCAGAACGGGCGAAGAACUGGUGAAAAUAUCCGAGCUGUACCCCGAGGAUGUUAACGCCAUGCAGAGAUUCCAGGUGGAGGAGACGGCUCUGGAUAAACUGAAGAUCACCUUUGAGAACAGCACGGACUUCUUUGGGCGCAUCGUGGUGUACCACCUCAGGGUGCUGGGGGAGAGGCUGUAGGGCAGCGGCGGGGGGGGCUGCUCUCCCAGCACCCGUGUUCCCCCCCAGGGGCUCUGCUGCACGGAGAGAAACGGGACAGCAAACCCUGGCAGCAAGGGUGCACCGCCCCCAGCUGCGCCCCGAAGUGCUGAUGGAUGGAGAGGGGACCCCCACCCCGCGGGAGGGACGCUCAUGCAGAGAUCCACGUGCUGGACUUACAAGCCGCCCUUGGUGCCUUUCUGGGGGGAACGCAGCCCGUGCAACCGGCUGAAUAAACGGUGGUGGUGGCCCCCA